AUGUCACAAGAUCCCCGCGAUCCGCGCCUCCAACCAUUCCACCACCUCCAAACCCCCUACAAAACCUUUACGGACAACAACAACACCACCCAACGAAUCCAAACCGACAUCCUCAUCCCAAAGACCAUCCCCCACCCCACCCAGCCCAAACCCCUCCCAAUAAUCAUCUACUUCCACGGCGGAGGCCUAAUCUGCGGCUCCGCCCUCUACCUAGACUGGUUCCCACGCUACCUCCUCGAGCUAGCCCAAAGCACGCCCGCGGUGCUCCUGGCCCCGAACUACCGUCUGCUGCCCGAAGCCACCAUCCACGCGGUCUUCGAGGAUGUCCUCGACUUCUGGGCCUGGGUGCACUCCUCCCCGGCCGUGUCCGCGGCACUCGCCACCGUCCCGUCCCCUCCAACGGCCUCGGGGCGGCUCGCGAUCGACCGCGCCCGGGUCCUGGUGGCUGGCGGAUCCGCCGGCGGGUAUCUGAGUCUGUGUCUGGCGCUGCGGUUCCCGGAGCAGAUCCGCGGCGCGGUGGUGGGGUAUCCUGCGUUUUUGGGGUUGACGUCUUCGUUUUUGGAAGUAUCCGCAGUAGCAGAAGGAGCAGCAGCGGUAGCAGUGUCUUCUUCUCCCUCAGCGGGAGGAGAUGAUGAUGGUAGGAAGGGGAAGAGCGGGCCAAGCAACGGGGAGGGAGUACCACCGGACGCCAACAAUUCUCCCGCUGAAACCGACGACGAGCUAAGAAAAAUGCACCACCUCCUCAACGAAACCCUCGCCCUCGCCGCCCAGCACCGCAGCCCCGUCCGCACCUUCACCGACCUCCCGGACCGCCUCGACCUGAUGAACGCGGCGAUGCGCACGGGCCGCAUCGCCGAGAUGUUCGCGCGCGGCGUCGACGACGACGACGACGACGACGACGACGACGACCCGGCCCACGACCCCGAGCGGAGCCUGCGGUAUCCGAUGGAGAGACUGGAUGAACCCGUCAAAAUCCCGCGGGGCGGGAUCGCGAUCUUGCAUGGGCGGGAGGAUGAGGUCGUGUCUGUGGAGGAUAGUGUGCGGUUCGUGGGCAAAGCGAAGAUGGUUUUGCGGGCUGAGGAUGCGGGGAGGGUGGCGGUUACGGUGAGGGAGGGGGGUCAUGGGUUUGAUUCGGCUGUGGGAUUGGGGGAUGGGUGGUUGUGGGAGAGUUUGAGGGGGGUGGUGGGGGGCUGGUUGGAGUGA